GCGACAGAGCUCACAGAUUAAUCAAAUGCCAUCGCCAAGUAAAACAGGGUGACCAUCCUUAAGGUUGCUAAGGAAUAGUGAGUUGUUAACUUCAUUUGAUCAAUAUAUAAUUUGAUUACGAUAACUUGAUAUUAUUUAGUUAGAUUAUUGAUAAAAUACAUUCGUUAUGGAAAUAAUAUCGAAGUACUAAACAAAAUAUUUAAAACCUAACGAUGCAGUCAGUUACUGAUACUUCUGCAGUUUCAUCUAGUAGUGACAUAAAUUCAAAUAGUUCAGCAAAGCUUAAGCGUUUCAAAAUACAGGAAAGUAUGAUAAAUAAGGAUUUAUUAAAAAGUUAUUCAGAUAUUAUCGCAACAGAUUCUGAUAGUGGUUUUACAUCUACUCAGAGCAUAAAUUCGGCAACUAGAGUAAAUUUAUUAUUUCGUGAAAUGCAUGAAUCAUUCAUAGAAAUUAGUGAAAAUACGAAGUCUCGAGAAGUGACUGAUGUUGAAAAUGUUAAAAAACAUAUCUUAUUAAUUGAAGAUAAAAUUAAGGCUGUUAAAACAUGUAUUCAAACGGAAAUGAAAAAAUUAAAAGACGUGGAAGGAGAGUUGACAUUGCAGAUAAAUAAUGGAAAAUUUACGAAUUUGAGUAAAAAUACUUGCAAUCCAAAAAUUAAGACAUACAGUCAUAUAGUUACUAGUCCAGUUAAAGCGAUGAUCAAUUCUCCUAUCAGAUGCCAGGAAUUAAAGGAUUUUCAAGAUUUUUUGGCUAUACAUGGGCGUCACGGUGGCUGGAUUGAAUACAAUGACAAUAUUUUCAAAACAAUCUGGCAAAAAUAUUUUGAAAAAUUCACCGAGUUUGAUGACAUACAAAAUUCUAUAAAAUUUCCUACAUUUUUGGAAGAAAUUGCAAUUAAAAUUCCAGGGGUGGCCACUCAUGAAAUUAUAAAUCAUUGCCAAUGGUUUUUUAAAUUUUCACAACUAAAAUCCAAACAACAAUUAGUUUUAAAUCGAUGGAAAGAGAAUAAAUUAAUUAAAAAAAGAAUUAUAAAAGAUAACAUGGAAAAAGUUGUAGAUAAUGCUUGUCAGGAGGAUUCAUCAAAGAAAAAUAAUUGCCACAAGCAUGAUAAAAAUCUAAAAUCCAAUCGACUAUUUUUGAACACUGUUUCUAGAGUAAUGGAGCCUACAGUACAGUGGAACAAUCGCUGUUUUAAAAAUUUAGAAAUAUCUGCAGCAGCUUCGGACACGUUCAAUAUUGAUACUAUUAAUAAAUUGCGUGUCCCACAAUGGAGAGCUUGUUUAACAAAAUACGAUAACAUUUAGAUUAGAAAUGGUUCUAAUAAAUAUGAUUUUAAUACAAACAAUACUGCUAUUUUGCCUAACCUGUUGUACAGUACUAAUAAGUACCUACCUUUAGUUAAUUUCAUAACGUAAGUUUAGUUGUCUACUAAGUCUCUUUUUAAUAACGCAUCUUAAUUUUUAUUGGUUGCGACUCUGGGUAGCUCCACUAACCAUUUGUUAAAGUAUUAACAAUAAGAUACGUUGUGGUCACUAUUUUGUUCCAACGCCCGCAAGUGGUGGGGUGGCCCUUGUACUGUGUGGUUAGAAAAUUCCGCCAAUAUUACGUUACUUUAUGGUUUAUGACUGUCAUUUAAACAAACUGUCAAUGUCAAUUUGACGGUUCCUCUCCGACUGACGUGGACCGUAGCAAGUUCAACCAACUCAUCCAUUCCUUUUUCUGAUUUCAUUUCAAUAAUUCUUAUCGUUUAGUCGUUAUCUAGCUUCGUUAUUGUGCCAAGUAAUUGGCCAACAACGAGUUGGAGCACAUUUAGUUAGUAAAAAUAGCAAGGAAAUACCAGAAAG